UUAAUAUGGAAUGAACAUAAUACACAAACCUGUUUACUUAACUGAAUUGCACGCGAAAGUGCGACCAUUUGUUAGUACGAUUUUUAUCUGAUACGAUGUGUCACGUUUGUAUUAUAUCGGUAAUUUUGUUAGUGAGUUUGGAUCUUACGUACAGUUCUCAACAAAAAUUAGAAAUACAGUUCGAAUGGAGUUUCAUAAAUUUCACGUGGCCUUCUUCAGAGAUCUACAACCAAGCAAUUUCCACGAGGACUUAUAUUCCUGAAAACAAUUGCCUGGCAGGUCUCAAAAUUUUUGACAAAACAAUGUAUGUGUCGUUACCAAGGAGUCGCCCUGGUACACCUGUAACAUUAGCCACCAUAUUUGCAGAGGACCACAGUGCCAAAAUUAACCCCAUUCUAAAACCAUACCCGAAUUGGGAGAUGAAUCAAUUGGGUAACUGCACUGCUCUUCAAAACGUUCAAAGCAUGGAAAUUGACCCUGAUGGUGUAAUGUGGAUUUUGGACGGAACUAGGGUGUUUCAGAAGUCGAAGUGUCCACCAAAAAUAGUUCUUUUGGAUUUAAAAAACAACGGAAAAGUAGUGUACAGUAUCGAAAUCUCGGAAAAGUUAUGUCCGCAGGAUGAAUGUUUUUUGAAUGACAUUGUAGUAGAUGGAGAUUAUGCUUUCAUAUCGGAACAUAGUCAAACUGAUCCAGGAAUCGUAGUUUUCAAUCGGAAACAAAACAAACUGUGGAAAGCGAGGGACAAGUCGAUGUUUGCGGAAAUCUCUUCACCAACGUUCAGUGUUGGCGGAAAAGAAUUCAAUAAACUGGGCAAUGUCGAUGGAAUUGCUUUAUCACCUACGGCAGACGAUAAACUGAUUUAUUACUGUGCGUUGACAGCUCUUAAUCAGUAUGCAAUCAAAGCGAGUGUGUUAAAAGACGAAGAACUACUCAAAGGAAACGAUUGGCGUAGAGAGGUAAAAACCAUAGGCAAGAAACCAGCGCUAAGUGACGGACUAAUAGCAGACAAUGAAGGAAAUUUAUAUUUUACAUUCAUAAACGAUCAAGCAAUUGGGAAAUGGAAUACAAGUCUUCCUCUCAACAAUGACACAAUCGAAAUAUACAAAGAUGAAAAGAUGUUAUGGCCAGAUACGUUCGCGUUUGACGACACAGGCCAUUUGUUUGUUACUGCAACGCAAGUGCACAAAUAUUUCGAUCCUGACUAUAACAUCGAAAUGAAUGACGAAAUUAAAAUUAGAAUUUUUAAAUUGCAGACUAACAGCAAAAGUUAUUUGUAUCACUAAUGGCUUUUGCUAAUUUUUGAUGUAGAGGUUGUUGUUUUAAUGCUAUUACUAACAGAAAAUAAAUAAAUA